AUGGCAGACAGCUCAUCACACAGACUAGACCUUCGUGUAGGAGGCAAAUACCGUCUUGGCAAGAAGAUUGGCUCUGGAUCUUUCGGUGAUAUCUACCUCGGAAUCAACAUCAUUUCGGGCGAGGAAGUUGCCAUCAAGCUUGAAUCAGUCAAAGCCAAGCAUCCGCAGCUCGAGUAUGAGUCCAAGGUUUACAAGACUCUAGCCGGCGGUGUCGGUGUGCCAUUCGUCCGAUGGUUCGGAACUGAGUGCGAUUACAACGCCAUGGUGCUUGAUCUGCUCGGGCCGUCCCUUGAAGACCUUUUCAACUUCUGCAACCGCAAGUUCAGCCUGAAGACCGUGCUGCUCCUGGCAGAUCAGUUGAUUUCUCGCAUAGAAUAUAUCCACUCGCGCAACUUCAUUCACCGCGACAUCAAGCCAGACAAUUUCCUCAUGGGAAUCGGCAAGCGUGGCAAUCAAGUGAAUGUUAUCGAUUUCGGUCUCGCGAAGAAAUUCAGAGAUCCCAAGACCCACCUCCACAUCCCGUACCGCGAGAAUAAGAACCUGACGGGGACUGCUCGCUACACCUCAAUCAACACCCAUUUAGGCGUCGAACAAUCUCGUCGCGAUGAUUUAGAGUCGCUGGCAUACGUCCUCAUGUAUUUCCUGCGUGGCGCUUUGCCGUGGCAGGGGUUGAAGGCGGCUACCAAGAAGCAGAAGUACGACCGCAUCAUGGAGAAGAAGAUGACUACUCCCACCGAUCUCCUUUGCCGUGGAUUCCCUAACGAGUUUGGGAUCUUCCUCAACUAUUCACGCGCUCUUCGCUUCGACGACAAGCCUGACUACUCGUACCUCCGCAAGCUCUUCCGCGAUCUCUUUGUUCGUGAGGGUUACCAGUACGAUUACGUUUUCGACUGGAGUGUGCAAAGGGGCGCCACUGACGACAAUGGGGCUGGCUCAAGCUCGAAGACCACCCGUCGUAAGGUUGUUCAAGAGGAGGAUGAUCACCGUGCUAGUGACAGAAUGUUGCGCUCUCAUACUCGCCAGGCGCAACAAGCCGCUCCCGGCGCUGUCGGUCAACAGCGUGGGGGACGCAACCGUGACGAUCUCUGGUAA